UGGGACUGGAGACUGCGUCCGCAGCAGGAGGCCUGGAGGAGUGGGCAGGAGGGAGGCCCACCCAGGGAGGACAGGCCCCCGCUGAGGCUGCGCCAGACGCACUCGGCGCUUCUCCAGCCGCUCCUCAUGCACAGGAGGAAGCCCACAUCCGGUGCAGGGUGCCCUGGCAGCCCGCGAGCUGCCCAGGUAGGGUCACCCUCCCUAUGAGCCUGGCCCUGGGGACAGCCCAGCCCCCCACACGUGCUCACUGGCUCCCUGAUGAGCAGUCCUGUGUGGAGUCCAGGGCACCUCGGAGCCUGCGUUCCUGCCCUCCAGUUAACUGCCACUCCAGUUAGAAGUGAAUCAGCAGCUCAGCAGCCUCACAGAUCAUUUCCGAAUUUGCCAGAGUCCAGAAGCAGCCCUAGACAGGCACGGAUUCGUGGCGAGCCUCUGGGGCCCAGAACCUGCGGGCUGUUCUCAGGGCCAGCAGUGGCCACUGCUGCCGAGCACAGACUGCUCACUCCCUUCGUGCAGGAAGAGUCUCCGUUUCCAUUUCUCUACCUUUGAGCGGAUAGUCCGGUUCUCCAGCUGAGCUUCCUCACCAUGCCAGCAAGUACCCAGCAGGGACAGAGAUCCUGUCCCGCCAUCUCAGACUGUGCUCAGGCAGAGGCUCGUGAGCCUGGCCAUGCAGGAUGCUCCCUCAGGGAACAAGGCCCCUUUCUUGUGGCCAGAGCAAAGGCCGGCAGUGGGUGGCGCGUGUUGCCAGGUCCCAGCUGGCCUCACUUUCCCUGAGCCGCCGCCCGUGAAGAGAUUGAGAUCGCCUCUCCAUGAACAUGCGCGAGGCUUGGUGUCCAGCCCGUGCACCGGGGGUGCCGAGUGGGCGCCCUUGGGGCUGCGGAGGCCGUCCCUCCUUCUACUCUUCCUGAAUGUGUCAACCUGACUACACAGAAGUUCACUGGGACCUGCACAGGGAGAGACUCGGUCUUUGCUUCUGUCCUGGAGAAAAAUUUCCAACAGGGAAAGGAGGUGACGACCUGCCCAACCAGUGCACGCCGAACCCUUGUGAUAAGGAGGGAGCCCAGCUCUGCCAGGAUCUCAUGGGUAACUUCUUCUGCCUGUGCAGAGCCGGCUGGGGGGGCCGGCUAUGCGACCAAGAUGUGGACGAGUGUGGCCAGCAGAACGGGGGUUGUAACCAGGUCUGCCACAACAAGCCGGGCAGCUUCUACUGUGCCUGCCACAGUGGCUUUGCACUUGCCCCAGACGGCAGGACCUGCCAAGACAUAGACGAGUGUGCGGACCCAGAUGCCUGUGGGCAGACACGCUGCAGGAACCUGCCGGGCUCCUACUCCUGCCUCUGCGACGAGGGCUAUGUGUACAGCUUCCAGGAGAAAGCCUGCCAAGAUGUGGACGAGUGCUGGCAGGGUCGCUGUGAGCAGAUCUGCGUCAACACCCCAGGCAGCUACACGUGCCACUGUAAUGGACGCGGGGGGCUCAAGCUGUCACCAGACAUGGACACCUGCGAGGACAUCUUGCCGUGUGUGCCCUUCAGCGUGGCCAAGAGUGUGAAGUCCUUGUACCUGGGCCGCAUGUUCAGUGGGACCCCUGUGAUCAGACUGCGCUUCAAGAGACUGCAGCCCACCAGGCUGGUGGCUGAGUUUGACUUCCGGACCUUUGACCCUGAAGGGGUCCUCUUCUUUGCUGGAGGCCGUCAGGACAGCACCUGGGUGGUCCUGGGCCUGCGGGACGGCCGGCUGGAGCUGCAGCUCCGCUACAGCGGCGUUGGCCGCGUCACCAGCAGCGGGCCCGUCAUCAACCAUGGCGCCUGGCAGACGAUCUCGGUGGAAGAGCUGGAAGGAAACCUGGUGAUCAAGGUCAACAGGGACGCGGUCAUGAAGAUCGCGGUGGCUGGGGAGCUCUUCCAGCUGCACAGAGGCCUGUACCACCUGAACCUCACCGUGGGGGGCAUUCCCUUCCAGGAGAAGGACCUCGUCCAGCCUAUCAACCCCCGUCUGGACGGCUGCCUGCGGAGUUGGAACUGGCUCAACGGGGAGGACAGCACCAUCCAGGAAACAGUGAAGGCGAACUCCAAGAUGCAGUGCUUCUCCGUGGCAGAGAGGGGGUCUUUCUUCCCGGGCAGCGGGUUUGCCUUCUACAGCCUCAGCUAUGCACGGACGGCCCCGGGAGCCGGGACGGAGACGGCCUGGGAGAUAGAGGUGGUGGCUCGGCUGCGCCCUGCGGCCGACACGGGGGUGCUGCUGGCGCUGGUGGGCGAGGACCACGCGGUGCCACUCUCCGUGGUCCUGGUGGACUACCACUCCACGAAGAAGCUCAAGAAGCAGCUGGUGGUCCUGGCAGUUGAGGAUGUUGCCCUGGCCCUGAUGGAGAUCAAGGUGUGUGACGGGCAGGAGCAUGUGGUCACCGUGUCCCUGAAGGAUGGCAAGGCCACUCUGGAGGUGGACGGCACCAAGGGCCAGAGUGAAGUGGGUGCUGCCCUGCUGCAGGAGAGGCUGGCCACCCUGGAGAGGCACCUGCAGGGCUCCGUGCUCACCUUUGUGGGGGGCCUGCCAGAUGUGCCGGUGACUUCGGCGCCUGUCACAGCCUUCUACCGCGGGUGCAUGACGCUGGAGGUCAACGGGAGGCCCUUGGACCUGGACGAGGCUGCCUACAAGCACAGCGACAUCACCUCCCACUCCUGCCCUCCCGUGGAGCUGGCCGCACCCUAGGCUGCCUGCAGGACUGCUGGGGUGGCCUCCCGCCAGGGAGGCAGGAGGCGGGGCAGAGGCGGAGGUGGGAGCCGGCCUGGAGCUGCAGCCCGCCCUCCUGCACGCUCCCUGAGCGCCCUUGUACCAUAGCUGUGAAUAGGGGACUGGCGGAGGCUGAGCCCUCGGGGCUGGUCAGGGCGGGCAUGGGGAGGGCCAGCGGCUCACAGAAGAGCAGACUUGAAGAAAAUAAUUCUCUAUUAUUUUUAUUACCACAUGCUUCUUUCUGACUCUAAAAUAUGGGAAAUAAAAUAUUUACAGAAACCUUUUUAA